GUUAUUCUCCGGAAGGACCAAGCCCUUAACGACGACGUUUUUUUUUUUUUAUGCUCUUGCGAUAUUUUUAUUUAAAAAUCUCAGCUAAAUUAAUAAUCAAGCCGCAUAUUGAGGUUAUCACACGUUUAUGUUAUAACGUUUAAAGACUUUUAUUGUGAAGGGUCGGCUGUUUCGUCACUGUCUCCAGCUUCACGACGCCUGGAUCGAUACAUUUUAGCUCGUUAGCACCAAAAACAGCAGCGUUUUAAAGUCGUUGGCUCGGAGUUAUAGCAGCUAUGCUGAUAAAUAAACCGCCUUUUCCUGCUCGGAGUUUAAAAUAGCGACAGUCUGCUGAGAUUGCAUCACUGAGUCGGUGAUGUCCGCCCAGCCUCUGCAGCAGUGCACGGAGGAUCCAGCUAACUGAGCCUGCCCGGCUAGCUGAUGCUGAUGACUGGCUGUUUCCUCACAUUGAUUUGCAGUGGGAGGCACCAUGGCCGGUAAGGUGAAGUGGGUGACAGAUAUUGAGAAAUCAGUGCUCAUCAACAACUUUGAGAAGAGGGAAUGGAUCCCAGUGUCCGAGAACGAGGACUGGAAUUUCUACUGGAUGAGCAUCCAGACCAUCAGAAAUGUGUUCAGCGUGGACACCGGCUACCGCCUGUCAGAUGACCAGAUGGUUAACCACUUCCCAAACCACUACGAGCUGACCAGGAAGGACCUGAUGAUCAAGAACAUCAAACGCUACCGCAAGGAGCUGGAGAAGGAAGGCAACCCACUGGCAGAGAAGGACGAGAACGGGAAAUACAUUUAUUUAGAUUUCGUCCCUGUGACGUUCAUGCUACCCGCCGACUAUAAUCUCUUUGUGGAGGAGUACCGCAAGAACCCGUCCAGCACUUGGAUUAUGAAGCCCUGCGGGAAGGCUCAGGGCAAAGGCAUCUUCCUCAUCAACAAACUGUCCCAGAUCAAGAAGUGGUCCAGAGACAGCCGCACCUCCACGUUUGUAGCAGCAUCCAGUGGCAAAGAGGCCUAUGUCAUCUCCCUGUACAUCGACAACCCUCUGCUGAUAGGAGGGAAGAAGUUUGACCUGCGUCUCUACGUUCUCGUCACCACAUAUCGCCCUCUGAAAUGCUACAUGUACAAGCUCGGCUUCUGCAGGUUCUGCACGGUCAAAUACACACCCAGCACCAGUGAACUGGACAACAUGUUUGUUCACCUCACUAAUGUGGCCAUCCAAAAACACGGGGAUGACUACAACCACGUCCAUGGAGGCAAGUGGACGGUCAGUAACCUCCGUUUGUACCUAGAGAGCACCAGAGGGAAGGAGGUGACCAGCCGACUGUUUGACCAGAUCCACUGGAUCGUGGUGCAGUCACUGAAGGCCGUGGCUCCUGUGAUGAACAACGACAAGCACUGUUUCGAGUGUUAUGGGUAUGACAUCAUAAUCGAUGACAAGCUCAAGCCAUGGCUUAUUGAGGUCAACGCCUCUCCCUCGCUGACCUCCAGCACGGCCAACGACCGCAUCCUGAAGUACAACCUCAUCAACGACACCCUCAACAUCGUCACGCCCAACGGGGACAUCCCAGACUGCCGCUGGAACCGCAGCCCGCCCCGAGAGGCCCUGGGCAACUAUCAAGUUCUGUACGACGAGGAGCAGGCGCAGAGCGAGAACGCCGAGCGUGACCUGCGGAGCCGCUCCGGGCAGUCCCUGGGGUCAAAGGGCACAAAGGGGAGUGCGGGCGUUCGCCCCGCCGCUGCCACCUGGAAGUGAGGCGAUAUGUGCUGACUCUCAAUGACUUCCUGUACGUUACUACAGGGUGCAACAGAGGAGGCACAGGGGGAUUAAAAAAAAAAGACUUUUUUUUAUUUUAGCCCAACUAUUCGAUGGAGGACUGCUCCCUGUCUCCACUGUAAGCACAGGGGCCGACGACUCUACUGCCGGAGGGCAGGAAAAUCAAUGAUGUGGACAUGUUUGAAGAGUUUAAAGGCUGGAAGUUUGUGGCUGAUUGUAUGAAUGGAUGAGUAACUAAAAAAAAUGUAGAAAUUAUGUUGGUGUGGCUGAAGGUCAAUCUCACAUAUCUCAACAACAGCAGCAACUCAGCCCAAACUCCCAAAGAAGAGAAGAGACAACUACACGUGAAGAAAAAACCCAACACGAACAAGGAGGAUUACCUGAACUAUGCAUGAUUACUGCGUCCCGACACUUAACAUAAGUUGACCCACCACACAGGUGCUAAAAAGACGGAGCUCUGUGAGAUGAUAGAGAGAGAGAGAGAGACUAGAGAUAUUAACUAAAGCAAAGUAUAAUUCCUGAUAGGCAGAAUUCAAAGUACUAAAUGUGUAUAAACCCCCCAAAAAUAGAGUUUAAUAAUGUUUUUAUAAGUGCAUUAUCAGUAUGUAUAUGCAGGGGGGUUUCAUUAAGAUUGUAUUCAAUGCACUUUAUUACUUCAUAUUGCAUUUUAAGUUGGACCAUAUCUGCUGCACAUAUUAUAUCAUAAAUACUAAGGUGGUGGGAAUACAAGUAGGGCUGUGCAGUAUUGGGGAAAAUUAGGAGAAGGGUGUGCAGUGUGUGUUGUGAUAUUUUAUAUUUUAUCUCACGCGAUACUUUAAGCUUUUGCGUUCAGAGCUAUUUGGAAAGAAGUGAGGAUGAGGGUGAUGUUAAAGCAAGGUUGAGUUGAUGACAUUUUCCUGCUCUUGAUCAGGACUAUCGUAAUAAUCUCGUUAUUUACGCCACAAACGAGGCAUCUUUGGAUGAAAGAAAGGUGUGAUUAGCCGCGCUCUGAUAAAGAAACCGUUUGGUGCUUUGUGAAACUGAAUUGUCGGCUCUC